GUAUCCGACGUUUGCCGUAAAACCCUAGGUUCUGCCCCCACUUUUCUCCUCCUCUUGCUUUUCCUCGGUUCUUUCUGUUCUGUACCGGCGAGCGGCAUCGAUGGCGAAGAAGCGAAAGGCUCCUCCAAAGGUUGAACCUCCUCCACCGGAAGAGUCCUCUUCCUCAGAGGAAGAAGAGGAGGAGGAGGAGGAGGAGGUGGAGGAAGUAGAAGAAGAAGAAGUAGAAGUAGAAGAAGAAGCAGAGGAGGAGGAGGAGGAGGAGGAGGAGGAGGAGGAAGAAGAAGAAGAAGAAGAAGAAGAAGCAGAGGAAGAAGAAGAAGAGAAAGAGAAAAAAGAACGUGCAAAAGAGGAAGAAGAGGGACGGGAAGAAGACGAAAGCGAUGGAGAGGAGGAGGAGGAGCAAGAUGCGGCAGCCUCGAACUCAGGGAAGAAGAAUAAAAGAAACAAGCGAAAGGAUCUGGUGAGAAAGCUUCUGGAGCCCUUCGGGAAGGACCAGCUGGUGGACAUCCUGAUGCAGGCAUGUGCGAAGAACCCUAAGAUCGUCGACCGCAUCAACUCCGUUGCUGACACGGACCCUUCCCAGCGGAAGAUCUUCAUCCACGGUCUUGGCUGGGACGCCACCACCGAGCAGGUUCUCUCCGUCUUCAAGAAAUUCGGCCCCAUCGAGGAGUGCAAACUCGUUACGGACCGGGCCACCGGCCGAUCCAAGGGCUAUGCUUUCCUCAUCUACAAGCACCGCGCCGGCGCACAGAAGGCGCUGAAGCAGCCGCAGAAGAAGGUGGGCUCGCGAAUGACCGCAUGCCAGCUUGCCUCCGACGGCCCGGUGCCCUCGCAACCUGUGUUCGAUGCUUCCGACCGGAAGGUUUUCGUGAGUAAUGUGCCGCCGGAGGUGAACGUCGACAAGCUUCGUAUUCUGUUCCAGAAAUUUGGAGAGCUUGAGGAAGGGCCGCUGGGGCUGGAUCGAGUUACCGGGAGGCCGAGGGGAUUCGCAAUCUUCAUCUACAAGACUGUCGAUGGCGCAAGGAGGGCGCUGGAGGAGCCGUACAAGCUUCUGGAAGGACACCAGCUUCAUUGUCAGAAGGCCGUUGACGGUUUCAAGCCAGGCGCCGCCAAGGCUGCAACCACACCGCAGGCGGUUGUGCCGAUGGUGGGAGCUGCGACGGCUUUGCCACCGAACGACCUCGCUCUCACUCACACAGGCGGUUCUCUUUUGGGGUUGCCAAAUUCCUUGGGUCAAGGGGUUGGUCAGAACAUGAAUCCGAUGCUGACAGGCGCAAGUGCUGCAGGACUCGGGAUUUCUCCGGUGAUGAAUACUGUGAAUCCAACUGGCAUCUCUCCUCGGGUCAACCCGGCACUGCCGACUUCGGUUGCGACCGGUGGAUCCGCAUUGGGCGGGCUUUACGGAGCCCAGGCAUCGGUUAACAACGCGAGCCCUAAUAUCAUGAGUAGUUAUGGUUCGCAAGCAGCUUUUCAGGGGCUCGGUCCUUACCAGGGUGCUAGUCAGAUAGGUCAAUCGGCAGCAACUAGGACACAACCUGGUGUGGGAUCGUUGGGUGGCUUUUCAUCAUACCUGGGGCGUUAGUAUCUCACUACAAAGUCGGGCUGAAUUUAUCACCCCAAGGAAGGCCAGUAUGAAUGCGUUCAUCGCCUAUAAAUCAAACCGGUCACUUCUGAAAAGCUUACUAAAGGAAGCAAUAUUUCUCAGAAAGAGGCGCUUACAACUGCUGCUGGUACCGGUUGACCUGCUUAAAGCUUUUAUUUGUGAGAGGCCAAGAUUCAAGAAACGUUGAUGCCCAUGAUGCUUCUCCAACUUAUUAGAGAUGCUUGAUUGUUUCGUCCUUACAUGAAAAAUAGGUUUUAUAACUGAGAAUGUUAUUACUUGUUUAUAGCUUGUUUUCACUUUUGGGGCCCUGAUGUUGCUGUGACAUUUGCAUUCAUUUGCAUUGCCGAUGAAGUGGAUAAUGUAACUUCAUUCUUAAAAUCAUAUUGCCACCUUCCACUUCCUUUGAACAAAA